GAGGAGAUAAAGAGUUGCAGUCAAUUCUUGAAGGAGUCGUUGAAGGAGAACAAGAAGCUCUGGUCUCUAGCUGCUCCUGCCAUCUUCACUACCAUCGCUCAGUAUUCCCUCGGAGCUGCCACCCAGGUCUUCGCCGGACAUCUCACCACCCUCGAGCUUGAUGCCGUCUCCACCGAGAAUAUGGUCAUCGCCGGCCUUGCCUUCGGCGUCAUGUGGGGAAUGGGAAGUGCACUUGAAACACUAUGCGGGCAAGCAUACGGAGCAAAACAGAUACACAUGUUGGGAAUGUACAUGCAACGUUCAUGGGUCAUCCUCAACUUGAUGUCUUUCGUACUGUUACCCAUCUACUUCUUUGCUACCCCGAUCUUAAGAUUUUUCGGUCAGGAUGAAGACAUUGCGGGGCUUGCUGGAACGUUCUCGCUCUACAUGAUCCCUCAAUUGUUUGCGUACGCAAUCAACUUCCCAAUGCAGAAGUUCUUGCAGGCACAAAGCAAGGUCAUGGCCAUGGCAUGGGUGUCUGGCCUUGCACUGCUCUUCCAUAUCUUCUUGUGUUGGCUAUUAAUUGUGCAAUUUCAACUUGGGUUGGUGGGUGCAGCAAUUGCACUCAAUCUGUCUUGGUGGAUAGUAGACUUGGGCCAAUUUGUUUACAUUGUCAUGGGCUAUUGCCCCGGUGCUUGGACCGGGUUCAGUUGGGCAGCCUUCCGUGACUUGGGUGCCUUCGGCCGUCUGUCUAUCGCUUCUGCUAUUAUGUUGUGCCUUGAAUUCUGGUAUUACAUGCUGCUUGUGGUGUUAGCGGGCAACUUGAAGGAUGCUCAGAUUGCAGUGGCUUCCAUUUCCAUCUGUACCAAUCUCAAUGGAUGGGUGCUCAUGAUCUUCCUAGGUUUCAAUGCAGCAAUCAGUGUGAGGAUCUCAAAUGAACUUGGAGCAGGAAGGCCAAGGGCGGCGAAAUUCUCGAUAAUUGUAGUGGUUCUAACUUCAGCAUUGAUAGGUGUAAUGUUCCUUGCCAGCAUCUUGUAUCUGAGGAAUGUAUAUGCUCUUCCUUUCACAAAUAGUCCUGAGGUUGCCAAAGCUGUGUCUCACCUUGCUGUCAUCUUCGCCUUCACAUUGUUGCUCAACAGCGUUCAACCUGUUCUAACAGGAGUGGCUGUAGGAGCAGGAUGGCAGUGGUUGAUAGCUUAUGUAAACAUUGGAUGUUACUAUGCUGUGGGUCUUCCUCUUGGGUUCUUGCUUGGUGCUCAAUUGGACUUGGGAGUUGAGGGAAUAUGGGCUGGGAUGAUCACUGGUGUUGGCUUGCAAACUGUGAUCCUAACAGGCAUCACUUUUGGAACAAACUGGAGUAAAGAGGCUGAGGCUGCAGGAUCUAGGAUAAAGGAAUGGGGUGGAUCAGUAGAACACCCAGUUGAAACUAUUAAGGAUUUCAAGUCACACAAUAAGGGAACACUUUUGGUGUAA